CCCAGCCAAAUAAAGCCGCAUGAAUCUUCUGUCUCAAAACGCUAACACAUACACACGCUCUUGCAAACAUCAACAACCGAGGACUCUACAAACAUGUCUUCUUUCCUCUCAGGAGUUUUGGGUAAUAAAGCAGCAGAGUCAUUUGUCGACCAGGCGGUGGACAAAGCAGCUUCUGCAGCUAAAAGAAAAGUGAAGGAAACACUUACUGGAAAGAAACAGGAACCUGAUAAGACCGGGGGCAUGGGAGGUCUUUUCCCAAGUAGCGGGGAGAAGGACAAGAAGCCAAAAGAAAAGUCAGGAGGUGGACUAUUCGGUGGUCUCCUUAAAGCAGAAGGACCAGGGGAAAACAGCGGCGGAGCAGCCUUUGAUGCUGGAAGCAGCAAUGCAGUAGACAACAGUGGCGGAGACAGCAGUUUCAAUGAUGCACUGGAUGAUCUUGCUAAUGAGUUCUGUGAGAAAUGAUGAAUGGACAACUAGGAAAAUCUCUUAGGAGUUCUUCAGCUGGAGACCUGUCUCACAUCAGCACAAUCUCCAAGUGUCAUGGACUAUAACAAUACAAGAAGAUAUUAAUUUGUUACUCAUGUAAAUAGUUUUAAACAGACGUCUCUUCGAUAUCUUAUGCACAACUACUUAAUGAACAACUGCUUAAAUAAUGUGUUUAUUUAGCAUGCUUUUGUUUUCAAAACUGUGUGACUGACCAAAUGUUGAGUGAAUAAAGCUGAUUAAUAAAUAGUUUUUA